AUGAGUCGUCCCUCUUUACUCUUGAGCGUCUCGAUUCUUCUUGUCUCUGUCCUCAUUGUUCCCCCCUCCGCUGCCCGGCCACAUUCGAUCUGGGAAGUCGACAUCGACAACAGCCCUGCCCCGCCACCAGAUCAAGGCCCGCCGCUCUCCGCUGGAGCCCUUCGAGACAAGUCCAAACUCAAAUACGAGGUGGUUGGCAUAGUUGGAGCCUACGUCGUUUGGUUGAUCGUCACAGUUGUGCUCCUUUUCCUUGUCGGCAAGAAGCUGCGUCGCAAAGUCCAAACCUCGAACCGCAGCCUCAGCAUGGAAAUCAUCAAGCCUGCUCCUUUGGCUAAUCAGUCCAAGAUGAAUGUUGAAGCGCCUCUAAAGAGCCCUGGCAAGAUGGCCAGCCUCAGAUCGUGGGCUUCGGGUAAAUCACAUUCCCACAAACAGUCGAGCAUCAGUAUGUCGUCCACCAUCGACGAAAAGAUCCUCGAGGCGGACAAGGCCAAAAACAUGGAUGAAAUGGCGAGGCUCUAUGCCGCUGUGAUGGCACAUGACGAAGAAAAAGCCAGGACCAGUGGCCAAACGUCGCCUCGCACGCCCAACUACCCACCUCAGUACAAUGCUCCCCCAACACCCAGAUCACCUUAUCAUCUCCCACCCACUCCAAGGUCCCCUUACUAUCAGGCGAAUCCCAAUCUCAAUGGGCCGGCCUCCCCUAGGUCGCCGCGCUAUCCUCCAGAGUUUCAACAUCUGCGACAGCCUGAGCCAGAAAUCCAAAGUCAGGAUAUUCGACCAGUGACACAAGCAUUGGUUCACCCCCUGGCGCCCACUCCCGCUGAUGAUGUUUCCUCGAUGAGGACAGAGUCACAGACCAGCAGCCGCAAGAAGGUGUCACCUCUUUCCUUUAUCUCGGGCCGUAGUGACUCGGCUGAUCAGACGAAAAAGCGCCCGACCAACAUUUCGGUUCGUGGGCAACCCAUCUCGCAACCAAUCGGCUCUGCCACUCUCACGGACACGUCGAUUUAUUCCGAAGAUGCCCUUUCUUCUCCUCGCAUAUACAAUCCGGGGCCAGCCCCACCAACACCAGGCCAAAAGUCUGUGACUGUGGUCGAGGAGAUUGAAAAGAGAGGACCCCCGGCGCCGCUAUCUCUUCGCAGUGCUGCAGCCUCCAACAGCUCCAACACGUUGCCAUUCCGUCAAUUCUACAAUGACGCGUUGAAGAGCGCACCUGCAACCAAAACCACUUUUGUGGACCGUCGCGAGAGUAUCUUGGGUGUGCAUCCAAAGACGGGAGUGCCCCAAACUCCCUAUAGUCCCUACAUGCCGUACACGCCCAUGACGCCCGUGACGCCUCGCACUCUUAUGACGAAGAAGGAGAUGAAGAAGAACAGGAAGAAGGAAGGCCUGAAGGUGCUGACCGAGGAUGACAUGGUGCUCUCCGACGAGGACUUGUGGUCAACUUAG